UGCCUCUCGCCGGCGACGAGCGCGAGGGGCGGGGCCUGCCCGGCGUGAGCGGGGGACGCGCCGUGGGAUUGCCCAGGAGAGAGGAAGGCGCUCCAGUUCCGGGUCAGGCCCUUCGCCCCGCCUCGCCGGGCCUCCGCCAUGGCGGGUAGCAGCGGCGCCGGGGCGGCGGCGGCGGCAGCCAAUCUGAAUGCGGUGAGGGAGACCAUGGACGUUCUGCUUGAGAUUUCAAGAAUUCUGAAUACUGGAUUAGAUAUGGAAACCCUGUCUAUAUGUGUCCGGCUUUGUGAACAAGGAAUUAACCCAGAAGCUUUAUCGUCAGUUAUUAAGGAACUUCGCAAGGCCACUGAAGCAUUAAAGGCCGCUGAAAAUAUGACAAGCUGACUUUCUGAAGAAAUCCUGAUGAGGUUUGUCAGGCUCUGCCAGACGACUGAAGAUCACGUUGCAGUCAAGAACGUACAAUGAAAUUGCUGCAUGCAGCCGUGUAGAAACAUUUUCCUUUUUAAAAGAAUUACCAAACCAUAGCUUUAUGAAUCAGUGGAAAGUGGCUUCCAGAGAGAACUAUCAGUUGUGUUUACACCACAUCUUACCUUCCUUUAACAGCUCUAAUGCUUUGGCAUUGCUGUGUUCAUAUUUAUGUAUUCCUUAUUUAUAGCUCUGAUAGCUUUAAUUUUCUAAGCAGUCUGUCUGUCAUGUGCGCACAUCUGUUGUGCCUGGUGGAAGUAUCGUAGACCCCGUCAGUGGGAAUGUUGUAGUUAGGACUGGUUGACAUUUCCAUUAUAAACUUCAAUUUUGAAUUGUUUAUGCAAAAUAACUGUGGAUUUAUGUCGUAUAAAGCUGAAAGUUGACAGAAUUUCAGCUACCAUUUGUGGAUUUUGAUUUAGAUUCAUUAGGUAUAUAAGAAUCUUGUUUUUUAUAAGAGUAUGGAAAACAUGUAUUGUAAUCUGCUCUGUAACAAAGAAUAUUUAGUUUUUUAAAGUUUGGCAGUUAAUAGUAUGAAGCAGAUCAUCUUUGAGUUGAUUGAAAAAUACAGCUUUUAGAAACAGAUUUUAAAAGUAAGGACAUUGUUUAGCUUAGUAUUAUUUGAUUUGAAUCAUUUAAAUUUAGUGAGAAUAUUAACAGAAUGUUUUUCUUUCUAAGUUUUACACUCUUUAAAUCAUGG